AUGCUGUCUCACCACGGAAUGUCUCUGAGCUUUGACUCUCGAGCGUCUGGUUACGGUCGCUCUGACGGCUGCGUCGUUCUAAUGUUAGAAAUCGCCAAACCUGAAUUCCGCUACAUGUCCACGAUACAAGCGGUGAAUGUUAAUCAUGGCGGGAGAAGUGUAUCUUUGACAGCUCCAAACGGAGUCGCUCAUCGGAUGCUGCUGAACACGAUUCUAGCCAACUCUCCGUCCCUUUCCGUCAAUUAUUGGGAAGCCCAUGGAACUGGAACACCUCUGGGUGAUCCUAUCGAGCUAAACACCUUGUCUGCUAUUUUUGACAACAUUCUUAUCGGUUCGGUGAAAGCUUCGCUGGGACAUGGAGAAGCGUCAGCGGGAACCUGUGGCCUUCUGAAGAUUUUCAUGAUGCUAACCAACCAAUACGUACCGUCUCUCAUUCAUUUCCAUGUACUCAACAAGGACAUUGCCAUUGGAACUAUUCGAUUGCCUGUAGUCGGAGAAGAAGCUGACCUUACAAAUGCUGGUAUCAGUUCAUUCGGUGUGAGCGGAACGAAUGCUGCGGCUAUCGCUUUUUCUGAGAACUCCAAGGCAGAUCCUUCAUUCUCCAUCACAAGAUUAUAUCUUUUGCCUCUCUCGGCUAAGAAUCCGAAGUCUUUACAAGAGCUGGAAGAGAAAAUGAUUGAAGCGUUGCCGCUCUCUUGCAAAUCCGUGAAUGAAAUAGCAGGAGCUCUUGCUAACAAUCGCGUUCACCAAGCAAUAAGAUCUUCUCUCUUGGUGGACCGAUGGGGUAAUGUCCUACAAAGAACGAUCGGAAGACCCCAACGUGCAGUUCGAAAAGACAAAAUACGACUGAAGUUGACAAGUCCUGAGUUAUCAUUCGAUAUUUUGCAAAUAAGCGUUCUUUCGGACUAUUUCGAAGCUGCAGAAGGCUUACUGACCUACAAUCAAGCUCUGUUAUUUGCUUCGCUGAAGUUUUUCAACAAAAUAUCGGCGCACAUCGAAAUUGUACCUCAAACUGUAGAAGCUUUGGCGAUGUGCUUGUUAGCUGAUGGAACACUCGAUCUGACGGAGCAUAAUGUUGAAAGGGCAAGUGCAAGUGAAAAAGAGUUCAGAGACUUGUUGAACAGCAUGAACGUGAUUGAGAAGUCUUGCCGAAGUCUUUCCAAUUUCAGCAACAGAGAAAAAACUGACACCAAGUUGGAAAUCGGCACCGAUAUAUUUGACGCUGCCACUUUGUUGAAAUUCGUGGGUGACUUCUACAUCAAUGGCUACGAAAUCAAAUGGUCGGAAGUUUACCAGCCUCCUAAAACCUACAUUCCUCUACCUAAUUACUGCUUUUUCCGACAAUCGCUUUGGUUCGAAGAACGUGCCGAAGUCGUUGAUCACUAUUUGGUCGGGACCAUUCAUGAGAACAACGAAAACGAGACGAUUAUGAUGAACUACAUUACUGAACUGCGUCAUCCUCAACUUUUCGAAGGACCUAUCGACGUUGGUACAAUCAUGGAAAUUGCCAUUGAAACUUUAAGAACCCAGAGUAGUUCGCCGCUUUCUUUGCAGAACAUGUCGACUAACCAAAUCGUUUUGACCAAACCUGCUUGGCUGAAGAUUUCUGUGAAAAAACUGCAUGAAAUGGGCGCUUUUGAAGUAGUAGCUCAUAUAGAUGAACAACAACUAUUCCAACUGACGGCAUCGGUGUUCGAAGACGUUGAUGAAGAUGAUACCAAAGUAGGAAAGUUCGAAGAGCCAUGCGCCAUCGUACAUCUACCGGAAAGUCCAAAUGCUAUUGUAAAAGCUAACAAUUUUGUCGCGUCUGUUGACUCUCAAGCUGAAACUUCCUCCUAUCGCACGGCUGCCAUCGUCUUGCACCGGCUUCUGGGAUUCGUUCCGAACCCUGGAGACGUUUUCACAGAAAUUUUGACUUCAAUGAGCAAACAGUUCUACAUUUCGAAAAUUGACGAUGGCGCUCUAUGGCAGUUCCAGGUUAAUGAAUUCUCUACAGAUCCGAGUCAAAACAAAAUAAUAUAUUUACAGGUUGUUGACAAAAGCCGUGCCGUCAUCAUGAACGUUUACGUUGUCAAAAAAACGCACAAGAAGUUCAAAUUCAGCCCCUUCGUGGUCACAAAAAAUCCACUUUGUUGUCAUCUCAAGAAGCGAGUACUCUGGCGGUCAGAACUCUUCAUGCGGACGUCCUUGAAAAAGUUUGUGGAAUAAAAAAACUUUUUAGAAUGUUUUUCCUUUAGGUGAAAAAGGCUUUCAACGAUGUGAUGGACAGUGGAAUUGAUCUUGAAGAAGAACAAAUGGACACUGGAUUUUUGGAACUCGGCUUGGACUCUCUCAGCGUGGUUGAUUUGCUGAAUAGGUUGAAUCAGAAGUAUUUUAAAGGUUUGCUUUUUUUUUGACUUUUGUAUUUCAGCAGCCACAACUUGAAAGUUUUGAAGUGCUGGUGCACUUUUUUAAAUAGUAACAAAACGAAAAAAAGCCCUUCAAAAUGCUGAAGUCGUGAGAAAUAGUCUACUAUGACUUCUUCUGAAUUUCACGUUUGUUUUCCAGAAAUUGAACUGACUACAAGCGACUUGUUUGACAAUCCAAACAUAACCGAUCUGUCGAUUCGGAUCGAGGCAAUGCUGAAAGAAGUUGGGAUAACCGAGCCAGAACAAAAAGAAGCACCGCGAACGCCUUUAACACCUCUUGGCAACCGUCGCUUUUCCUUGUCAUACUCAAAAAGCUUCGAGUUGGAUAAGUCAGUCAGUGAACGUCAGUCUACCAUUCAACAAGAACCACUAGAGGCUUUUGCUCAAAAAGUAACGAUUGCGCCAAUUCCAACGGAAACGACUGAAGAAAACAACGAAGUGGAUCACAAAGAAAUAUUGAGAAAGAUAUCAUCGGCAGUCAUGGAUUUGAUACCAGAACCACUGACCGAAAAGGACAUUGAGAACGAAGGUUUCGCAGAAUUGGGAAUGGACUCACUGUCUCUCGUUGAUUUCGUCAAUCGGCUCAACGAAAAGUAUUUCCCUGGAGAAGAAAUCAGCACCAGCGACAUUUUCGAUUAUCCAACUGUUUCUGAACUUGCCGGGCACAUCACAAGAAAGAAAAGCAUGGCUAUUAUCAAUGCGCCGGUUUUUGAAGAAGAAGCCUUGGAAGACGAACAAAUGGAUAAUGCGUAUGUACUUGUAGAGAAACCGGUAGAUUCUUGGAGGCCAGAUGGCGUCUUUUCUUCUUUGAACUUCAAUCAGUUUGUUCUGAAGUCUACAACAGGCCAAGUUUUGAUAAAUAUGGCUGAAAAAAUCGAUGCUUCUAAGCUUGAAAAAGCUUUUCAGAAAGACGCAAAAAUAAUGGUGAACUUGGAAAGCAAAGUUUCCAUUGAAGAGCUUCACAUGAAGCUUCUGGAACUUAUCCAAGCUUUCUCCAAGUCAACAAUAAGAUUAGAAAUAGCCGUGAGCAAUACUCCAACGGCUGGGAAUGCAGUUUCCAAAGCUUUUCUGAAGACAGUCGCUUCAGAAAAGUACCCGAAAAUCGCUUACAUUUGGGAGCAGAGAAUACAAAGAGUGAGAGUGACAAUGAAAGAACUCAAGAUCGCUGGAAAUUGGUUGAUAACUGGCGGCCUGAGCGGCAUCGGAUAUGUGAUUGCGAAGUUUUUGUCAGAAAACGGAGUUUCAAACUUGGUGCUGGUCGCCCGCAGAAAGCCGGAAGAUCAACAAACCAAAGAGUUCCAGUCAUGGAAAGCCAAGGUAACUUUUUUCAGCUUAUACCAAGUUUUUAAAAAUUAGAUAAUUAUAUCUUUCGUAAGUUUUUUUGUGAAGAAAAAAAGUAGAGCAAAAAAACAUUUUUUUGCAAGAUAAACUACGGAAUUUUCAUAAAAAAAGUAUUUCAGGUACAAGUGGUGAGCGUUGAUGUGACGAAAGCUACUGAUCUCAAAGCAGCGCUGAAAAAUCUGAAUAUCCCCAUUACUGGAAUAAUUCAUUCUGCCGGUGUCCUUAAGGACGCCAAGAUCGAAAGACAAACUCGAGAAUCUUUCAAUGCCGUUUUCGCUCCAAAAUGUGCAGGAUUUCAUGCUUUGGAAGACGUCUGUGACGCUCUUGAAUUCAAGGUGAAUCAGCAUUUUGAUCAGCAUUUCAAAAGAAUAAUUUUUCCAGCUUCAACAUUUUAUUGUCAUGUCAUCCUUCACGGCGGCCUGUGGUAAUCAAGGACAACUCAAUUAUGCAGUUGCAAACGCCUAUUUGGAAAAUGAGGUUUUUCAUUCUGGAUUUUUGAGUAUCCAAUUUUUUCUUGAAUUGUUUCGUUAAGCUUCGAAAUUCAAGACAGACAAAUUUUUCCUUUAUUCCAUCAAAGCCGAUUUUUUUAAAAAGUAAGGAAGAAAUUUCUAUUUUUUUCUUUUUCACUAGCUGCUGCAAUUCAGCUUCUGGAAGGAAGUUUAUUUGAAAAUUAAGUAACAUUGUUUUUCAAAUCAUUCAAAGCCAUUUUCAAAGGCUCUGAAGGAAAUAAUUCGAGCACUAAAUAGUAUUAAUAAGAAAGCACAUGCCUGAAAUUUUAAAUCAGAGUUUAUUUCAGAUUUCCCGCCGUCGUAGAGAAGGAAAACCAGGAUGUGCAAUACAAUGGGGCAACUGGCUCGACACCGGAAUGGCGACAAACGCUCACGUUCAAAAGUUCUUGUCGGACCUCGGAUUCCUUGGCCAACACAACGAAGAAGCGCUCAAGUAUCUUCAAUUCUGCAUAGGGAAUAGUCCAGAAGCCUUGCUUGUCGCUAAUGUCAACUGGGAGAGAAUACUCAAAAAUCGGUCAGAUUUGCCGAGAGACUUGAUUUUGCCAAGUACGAUGGACUUUUCUGAACUACCCAUACUUUCAAAGGACACUCAGCUUGAAACACCUGACCAAAGUUUCGCGAUCGCUCAAAAAACUUCAUCAACACAAAUGCCAGAAAGUCUAGAAGAAUUUUCUCGACAAUUGAAACAAUCUCUCUCGGCGACACUCAAAAUACCAAUAAUUAAGCUGAAACCGACUCAAAAUAUCAUGAAUUUGGGUUUCACUUCUCUCAGUCUGUCCGCUUUUCUGGCCCAACUCAGUGAGAAUUACAACAUCAUUAUUAAUAUUGCUGACGUUUAUGAGAACUCAACUGUUGAGUUGUUCAUCCAGCACAUCUGGAAACUUCAUCAAAAUGCGAAACCGAAAAAAGCUGCAGUGCAAGAAGUAAAUCGAGGGUUUUGUGACAUUCUGGCCAUCAAUAUUUUCUUUGACAAUGCGGAAGAUUUGGAAAAAAUCAAAAAAGAAGAGUUGAAUUUUUCUCAAAUGAGAAAAUCUGGAAAAAAGGUUCUUAGCCUCACUGGCAAAUCGAAAACGGAACUGGAAGAGAAACUGAGAAAAGCGGACGAAAAAUUGGCCAAGUUGAAUGAGCAAGAUUCAAAGUGUGUACUGAUGUUCACAGGUCAAGGCGCUCAAUAUGUGAUGAUGGGCAGACAACUUUGCGAACAUUUCCCUCUCUUCCGAAAGAUUCUGUCGGAGACGCUCAAAAACGCGGAUGAAAAGCUGGGAGGACCCGUUCCGUUAUGGGAUAUUCUCUACAACCCCGAUAACUAUCAAAUUUUACAAAAAACUUCUCACAUGCAGCCAAUCAUGUUCUGUUUUGGCUACGCAGCAGCUCAGCUCUGGCUAUGUUUUGGCGUGAAGCCAGACUUUUACUUGGGCCACAGCGUUGGAGAGCUUGUCGCAGGAGUUUUGGCCGGAAUAAUGACGCUCGAGGAAGGAAUCGAAUUGAUUGUUGAAAGAGGCAAGGCGAUGGAGAACAUUGCCGGGAAAGGAGCUAUGUUGGCCGUACAAAGGGAAGCAGCUGACGACGUCCUUCGCAAGUUCAAGGUUUCCAUAGCCAGCGUCAACAGUCCCAAGCAAAUUGUUGUGGCUGGCAGUAAAGCGGAGCUCGAUAAGGCUUUAGCCUUUGUGAAAAGCACCGGUUAGUUUUUUUCAUUACAAGUGUUUUGAUUAAAAACGAAAAAAGCUUUUCGAAAUUUUUUUUUCUUUCAGGAAAACAGGCAACAUACGUGAAUCAGAGUUAUCCGUUCCACUCCAACGUCAUAACUGAAAAAGACCUGAUCGGACUGCGAAAGUGCUUGAAAAGGACAAAAUUCCGGAAAGCCGAAAUUCCAAUCAUCAGCAAUGUGACGGGAGGAUUCAUCGACACUUUCACUGAGGAUUAUCUGGUGAAACACACUGUCUCAGCUGUCAAGUGAGUUUAUAUUCAAAAAUUCGGAAAACAUUUAUGUUUCAGGUUUGUUGACUGCGUGGAAACUCUGGAGAAGCAAGGAGUCAAAUGUUGGCUAGAGGCAGGACCUUCUUCCACUCUCAUCACGUUCGUGAAACGAAUCUUUUCUCCGGAAGUUUUGCCGCAUCAUUCAACUCUUCAAACAUGUAAGGAAAAAGACUCUGACGUCGAAUGCGUCAUUCAAUCCGCUUUGGAGCUGGAGAGAAACGGACAAGUUAUCGAUUGGACGAAGAUUUAUGGCUGUCCGGAUUUUUCCACCAAUCUCAAACCAUCUGAAAGCAAAGAAAUUGAAGUCAUCGAUUUUCCGAUUGUGAGGAAUUUUACAAUCACGCCGGACGAAGAAGAGAUUCUGAAGGAUCAUGAGAUCAACGGAAAAGUGGUCGUUGCUGGUGCUUAUCAGCUUUUCAAAAUGAACGAGUUCAUGAGCUCUUAUCAGCUCAAAGAUCAGUUUUAUACUUUUUCUAAUGCGAAGUUCCUAACGCCUUGGCUAUUAUCGUCUGGCAAAAGUUUCGAAAUCCGUUGGCUCCAUGACAUGACGGUUGAACUCGUAGUUGGAAAAGUUGUCACUUGCUCGGCAAAACUGACAGUCGGUGUCACGGAACACAAACCACGAGAAGUUCCGGAGGUAGUAGAACCUAACAUAACAACUGAUGUUCCGGCAUUGUACGACCAUCUGUACACCCAAGGACUUCAGUACAAAAACGCGUUCCGAGUAAUUGAAAAAAUGAAGAAAACUGAUAAAAUGUUCUGGUCAACUCUGACCGCGUCUUCCGAGCACCUUUGGCCGUUGAUUGAUGGAUCUCUCCACGCCAUGUGCUCCGGGGUGAUUGCCAAAUGGCCUGACGUCUAUUUUGUUCCAGUCUCAAUGUCAAAUGUCUACAUAAUCGCCAGCUUCAGUCCUGCUGACUUGGUAGACUGUCGAGCUUUCACAGUUAUUCUAUCUGAAAAUGAGAAAUUCGUGCAAGCGAAUUCUUCUGUGAUAUGCAAUGGACGCGUUGUUUUCGAAAUGAAAAACAUGACAAGCGUGGUGAUAAAAUCAACUCCGAGCGAAACUUCUGAAGAAGCCGACGAAGUCGAUCUAUGUAACACAGAAACAUCUUCCGAGACAACUACGGCUACGACUCCAGAAAAGUCUACUAUUCAAAUCGUGGGUUUUGAUCUUGUUCUCCCGUUUGGAAGUUUCAAUUCAACAGCCGAAGUUUGGGAAUCGCUCAAGUCGAAUUCUUUUCCAAAAAGUUUCUCGCAUAGAAAAAAUACAUUUGAAAAUGUUUCUCACGUUGAUGUAGAUAUCGAAAAGUGGGAUCCAGAAUUCUUCGGAAUCAGACCUUCUGAGGCUCCUUAUAUCGAUCCUCAACAACGCUUACUGCUGACAAGCUUUGCUAGAUUGCUUCAUGAAAAAAGAAUAGGACCUUUACCAGCCGCCACUGGAGUUUUCAUAGGAACUUCUACCCAAGAAUUCGCUCACCUUGUCUUUGCUAAGAAUAUUUCUCCGGUCGGAGAACUUACCGCAGGAACAAGCAUGUCAGCUCUGGCUGGGAGAGUUUCACACUGGCUUCGAAUUUCUGGACCUACCAUUGUGGUCGACACCGCUUGCUCUUCUUCUUUCUCAGCUUUGGCUUUGGCAUGUGACGCUAUUAUUCAAGGAAAAUGUGACGCUGCUUUGGUCGGAACAAUCAAUCUGGUUUUGCACGAAAUGACUACAAAAGUCUUGAAAAGCGCUGGAAUGAUUGUUCAAAACCACUGCAGUGUUUUUGAUGCUUCUGCUAACGGCUAUCAUCGAUCCGAAGCUAUUUGCACAAUCCUGAUUACAAAAGACUUGCUUUUCAAUUCUUCGAUUGCUCAGAUUCUUAGCUGGAACACUGGCCACAAUGGCGUAAGUAGCUCUCUCUACACUCCUAAUGGAAUUUCUCAGUCAAACUUGAUGAACCUGGCCACAAACGCUGUAGAAGUCACCGAUGUGGAAGCGCAUUGUACUGGAACAGCUCUUGGAGAUCCAAUCGAGGUCGCAGCUAUCCAACGCGUUCUGUUUUCAAACGAUUUGCGGCUCUCUAGUUUGAAGUCUUUUGUGGGACAUGCCGAAGGUUCCAGUGGGUUGGUAUCUUUGUGCAUCACUUUAUUACAAGGAACGUCUGGCUAUCGCCUCCCUCAACUCCAUUACUGCUCUCCCAACCCCAAAAUUGAGUUCAAAAGUCUUUAUCUUCCUAUCGUAGGCGAAGAAAUCAACGAUUCCUUUUUUCUAGUGAACAAUUUUGGAUUUACUGGCGCAAAUUGCAGUCUUACCCUAAAGUUCAACAAUCAAAAACAUCUUCCAACGGACAAGGACGUUUUUUAUCUCAUACUUCACGCUGCUGACUCUUCAAUGAAACUGGAGACUCUAAAAAGCAGUUUAGACGAGAUUGUUCAAAAUAGUUCAUUCUCACUUUCUGCUAUUUCAAUUAGACGCCCUAAGAAGAGAAAGGAACGAUACCGUUUUGCAACAAUCUAUAACUACAAAAGAAAUAUCGUUUGGUCUUAUGGAGAUGGAACUCCUAACCAUCCGGAGCUCCAGCGACUUGUGAACAAAGGAAAGGCCUUUGUGGACGAGGGGAUAGAAGCCGGGAGUUUUUUGCAGUCGUCAAACUUUUUCACACCAGUGCCACCACUCAUUUUCGAUAACAAACGCUAUUGGCUCUUCAACCAAAAGAGUUAUGGAAAAGAAUUGACAUUCGUUAAUCGAAAAGACAUUUACUUCGAAAAGCAGUGGAUAUUGAAAAGAAGAUCCGGUGAGAGAACAGAGGAAAAUUCUUAUUGCAUAGGCGAGCUCAACGGCUUCAACGCAUUAACUAUCGGCGAACUAGCAAAAGAUGAUCGUCACUUUCCCAUUGUGAUCUUCCCGAUUCGCGAAACUACUAAAGCGUCUUUUCUCACUCUACUACAAGUAUGGAAUGCAGCAGAUUCGAAUCGUUUGAAAGUUUUACUGAUUUGCUGUCAAACAAACGGCACAAGUCGAACUGAGUGGACCGGCGCCAUUCGAAGUUUAGCCUCAGAAAAAAUGAUUCCUUACAAAUUUAUUUGCUAUGAGAAGAUCAAGCAAGUUUAUGAAAACUUGAAUUUUUCUGAUAUUUUCGAAUGCAUUUUUUAUAAGGAAAACAAGCGGUUUGUCGAACGAUUGGUUCCCGUGAAAAAUAUAGAAUUUUCGAGACCACGCGACUCUAUGAAGGCUUUGGUUUCUGGAGGUUCUAGUGGAAUCGGACAGGCUAUCAUCAACCAUUUGUCUCCGAGAGAAACAGAAGUCUUGUCAAGAAGAGAAGUCGCCAGUGAUUCGAGCAGUAUAAAAUACAAAUCAAUCGACUUGAGUGUAGACGAAGGAUCGAGUCUAGGCAAAGACUACGAUUUAGUCGUUCAUUGUGCUGGAGAAGUCGAUAAUGCUGUUCAUUUCAAAAUGACGGAAGAAAAGUUAAACCGAGUGUUUGACGUGAAAGUAAAUGGCGCUAAAGCUCUUCUCAACUGUUGCAACUCGGAAACGGAAGCUUUUUUCGCUUCUUCGGCUGCUUGCAUUCUCGGAUCAGCAGGACAAUCUAAUUACGCUUUCUCGAACGGUACGAUGACUUCAAUGGCAGAGCUUGCAAGCUGUGAUGCCACUAUAGUUCAUUGGGGACCUUGGAAAGAAGUGGGAAUGCUGUCGAAACUGACUCAUGCGCACAUCUGCAAGCAACUUCGAAUGCAAGGCUGGAACACGCUGUCUAAUCAAGAUGGAUUAUCCAUUUUCAACAUUGAAAAAAGAUCGAAUACACAAAUAAUGGUUUUUGAUGGCGAUUUCAAGCAGAUCGUGCACUCUAACCAGCAUUUGAAACCUUUUCUCUCAGAGAUCGUGAGAAGCUCUUCAUCACCUCGGAUAUCCGGCAAAAAGUCAUUUGAUGAAAUUUUCGAAGAAAUCACAGGCAUACCUGAUAUGAAAAACAAAAAAGACGUUCCAUUCAUGGAUCUCGGGCUUGAUUCUCUUUGUCUCGAACGGCUGAGACAGCAGGUGAAUGAUGAAUUCCGAAUAGGGCUCACAGUGGCAGAAAUUUUCAACAACUCGACAUUCAACUCUCUAACCAAGCUCUUACAAAAAAGGAAAGAUGACAGGAGCAAGAAAAGAAAUGAAGAUGAUAAAAUUUCCCCUAAAAAAGACAAAGUUGCUAUCAUAGGCUGCAGCGCUGCGUUUUCUGGAUCUUCAAACGUCGAAGAAUUUUGGAAAAAGUUAUCUGAAGGUAAAAAUUGUAUCGACAAGGAAAAGAAAAUUGGACUAAUCAACGAUGCAAAUAGUUUUGACUACGAGUUUUUCAAUAUCAAAAAAGAAGACGCUAAAAUCAUGGACCCUCAACUGAGGACCUUCUUGCAGCAUGCCUACAACGCAAUCGAGUCUUCUGGGUACAUAUCACAGAAAAACCAACUGAAAUGCGCAGUUUUUGCUGGAGCCGAGCCAUCAAGCUAUGGGAAAGACGAUCAGAAGGAUGACACAAUGAAUAGACUUUUCUCGAUGAACAUGAAUAAUUAUUUGGCGAGUUAUACAGCGUAUUGUCUGAACCUGCGAGGAGAGGCAGUUUCUGUAUACACGGCUUGUUCGACAGCUCUAGUCGCUAUUGCACAAGCCUCACAAUGUCUGCUUCAAAACCGAGCUGAUUUAGCUCUUGCUGGAGCAGCCUCGCUUGCCUUCGAAGAAUUUUCUGAGCUGAAUGGUUUUUCAGACUCUAAAAAAACAGUUUUUUCGAAGACUAAUGAAUGCCGUCCUUUAGAUGCAGAAGCGGAUGGAAUUAUCAGAGGUUCUGGAGUUGGCUGUUUCGUUCUGAAAAAGCUGUCUCAAGCUAUUGAAGACGGCGAUAACAUUUUAUGUGUUAUAGAAGCGGUAGGCAUCAGUAAUGACGGAAACUCAAAAGCAAGUUUUAUGGCUCCUAAUUCAUCAGGUCAAGUGGAAUGCAUGAACGAGGCGUUGAAGCAGUUGAGCGAAAAAGAUCAAAGUGCUAUCAAUUAUUUUGAAUGUCACGCAACUGGAACUUCUUUCGGUGAUCAAAUUGAACUCGCCAGUAUUCGUGAAGCAUAUAAUUUCAAAAAAUCUCUCUUGAUUGGGUCUUGUAAGGCCAAUAUAGGCCACACUUUCGCAGCAGCUGGACUUGCUUCUAUUUUAAAAAUCAUUUACAUUUUCAAAACUGAAUUGAUUCCUCCACAAAUCAACUUCAAUAAACUGGGAUAUCAAGAAGAAAACAGUUGGUUUUGUGUCAAUAAAGAAGAGCUUCAUUAUCCCGGGGGUUCAGCAGCUUUGAACGCCUUCGGCAUUGGCGGAACAAAUGUUCACAUGGUUUUAUCUCCUUUCAAGAAAAAGUUGAAGUAUUCCACUAAACAAAAAAGUCCAGCUUUGAUUCUACUAUCCGCCCCAACCGAAGAAGCAUGUCUGGCCCAAUGUCAGCAGUUGAGAAAGUAUCUGGAGGAUAAUCAAGAAGUGGAUAUUCAUCGAGUAGCAGCCACGCUACAAUUCAAACGCGAACAUUUCCAGUACAGAGCUUUUGUUUGUGCUACCUCAGUACCGCAAGCACUUGAACUUCUUCAAAAAGCAGACGUUAAAAAAUGUUUCGAAGCUCCAAAAGUGUGUUUCUUCUUCUCUCCACAAGGAGCUCAAUACUCGAACAUGCUUUUUGAGGAGUUCAUGAUCAACCAAAAAUCGGUAUUCUCACAAUCUGUUAAUAACCUGAUACAACAAGCCAAUCAAAAAUGCAGAGCAGACUUCACUCAUAUACUUUUUUCUCCAAACGCCGAUAUCCAAAAAACGGAAUUUGCUCAAGUUGCAGUGUUCAUCAUCACUAUUUCCAUAUUCCGACAAUUGCAAAAAUGGGGGAUCAAAGCCGAUUCUCUUGCUGGGCACAGCCUCGGAGAAUACGGAGCCUGCGUGGCCUCUGGUUCAGCAGAAGAAAAUUCUAUUCUGGAGCUGCUUAUCGAACGAGCUGCUCUUUGCUCUAAAACUGAACCAGCCAGUUUGAUUAUCGUAUGGGGAUAUUUCUCUUCAGAAGAGUUCCAAGUUGAAGUUUCUGCAAAUCUUUCUCCUGGAGCAAAAUGUUAUGUUGGAACUCCAAAAGAAAUCGAGAGACUGUGCAGGUAUCUCGAAAUGAAAGGAAUCCCAUUCAAAGUCAUCCCCACAAACCAUGGGUAUCACUCUAGCUUUAUGGAUUCGAUUCUCAGCGACUUCAAAUCAUUAGUCUCACAAAUUCGGUUCAAAACCGGAAAAACUCCUUGGAUUUCUAGCAAUGACGGUUCAAUGCUGCACAAAAUGGAUGCUGAAUACUGCGUAAAACAAAUGCGAGAUGCAGUGAAUCUUGAGCUCUUGGUGAACACUCUGAUUAAAUCCGAAGCGAACGCUGUUGUCGAAAUUGGGCCGCCUGGAAUUCUUUCAAGUUUGUUGAAGGAACGGAACUCGAACAUUCUUGUUGUUCAAACAAUUGGCUCAAUAAAGCGACCCUUAAAAUGGCUCACAAACUGUGUAGGUGAGCUGUGGAAAAAUGGCGUCAGUUUUGAUUUUGGUCAAUUCUCGCCCAAAGUGAGCUUUGAUUAUACUGUCCCUGGAUAUAAAUUCAAAAAUCAAAAAAUUUGGAUCGAAAGCGCGCUUCGAAAUACAGAUGCUCAAUAUUUUACUCCUUGCUGGGUGGAACUUAAAUGGCAGCCGGACAUUCGGAAGAAUCUGGGGCCAAUCAUCGUUGUGACGCGAAAGACCCAAGUUGAUGACUUCUCAACUUAUUCUAUUUAUCAACCUAGAACUGAUAUUCCUCACGCCAAUUAUUUGUUUUACAUACCGUCCUCAGACACUGAUAAUUUGCAUCAAACUUUUUUCGACGUUCAAAUGCUUUGUAAAAAAGCCAACUUCAAAAAAUUGAUCGUGCUUUCUCAAAAUCAAACUUCCACGGAUUAUCUCGCUAUGGGUUGCCUCAGAGAUCUUGCUUUUACGAAUCCUUUGACUCGUGGUUAUUUUGUCGAAACGAAAGUUCUAAAUUUGGAGCAACUUGCGAGCAUCAUAGAACAAAAUCAAAAAUUACAUCAUUUUCGUAUUUUGGACAGCUGUAUCUUUGGGUUGGACUACUGCCUAGCCACUUUGAACUUUACUCGCCCAAUUACUCCCAAUUCAACAGCUAUCGUGUUUGGCGGCCAUGGCUACAUAGGAAAACUGUUUUGCACUCAACUUAAAUCUUCUGGUUACGAUGUCACAGCAGUUUCAAGAUCAAAGGAAGGAUGCGACAUCACGAAUUACAAAAAAGUGCGAGAUUUGUUGAAGAAAUACAGCAAUAUAUCCGUUAUUGUCAACUGCUGUGGGAUUGAAACUACUCAAACGAUUUAUAAAAAAGAUCAGGAUAUUUUGAAUGUCUUGCAAGUCAAGACUGUUGGCAACUCAAAUAUUUUGAGAGCUCUUGAGGAGUGCCGAAUUCAUCUUAGCUCCUUCGUCAUGCUUUCUUCUCUGAGUUCAAUUGUGCCUCUACAUGGAAACGAAGACUAUUCCUCUGCCAAUGCUUUCGUCAAUGCUCUUGCUCUGAAAGGCCAUGGAAAUGUCCAAAGAUUCGUCUCUCUAGCCUUACCAGCAAUAACUAACAGUCCCAUGGUCACAAAAUCGAGCACGAGGGCAAGAAAAAUGCUCGAAACGUGUUUUCUCACUGAGACUCAGCUCAAUGAUGUCCUCAAAAAAAGCCUUCAUGCGGACGGGCUGUUGAUCAUCGCUCCAAAAAACCCAUCUUUGAUUGCGGAAAAGGCUUUGAAAUUUCAAACAGAAACGUUGAGUUCAAGUUUAACUUUACCUCCUGAGAAGUUGACGCCUUACGACGUGGUCAGGCACAUUUGGGCUGAAGCUCUUUCAGUGAAAAUAGAAGAAAUCCAACCAGAAAGCAAUUUUUUUGGCCUCGGAGGAGAUUCUUUGAACGUUCUCCAAGUUAUUUGGAAAGUCGAACAAUCCUUUGGCAAGUCCAUCCUCAUCGACACGCUUUUCAAGUAUCCCGAAUUGGAAAAAUUUGUUAGCUCAAUCGAUAAUUACUCUAAAAAUGCUGUGAAAAGCGACUUUCCUGUUUCAGAUAUGAAGAAAGUUCCUCUGACAAACUCUCAAAAUCACAUGUUUCUUCUACGACAACUUCAUCCAGGUUCUGACUACAACAUCAUGUUUCAACUCAAUCUGACAGAAAUAUCUCCCGAAUUCAGCUGGUGCGCUUUCAGAAAGGCGUUGAACUCUGUUUUCGCAGUUCAAGAAGUUUUCCGUACACGUUUUCCAGCUGAUCCAGUGCCACGACAAGAAAUCUUGUCUCUCACAGAAAGUUUCUUCGAUACUAGUUUUCACGAAGCCAUGGAGAAUUGGAACGACCUUAUAGACCGAGAGAAAAAAUUCAUAUUCAAUAUUGAAAAAGAAGCAUCCCUAAGAUUGAUCAUUUGCAAAGUAGAAAAUGAAAUCAAAUUGCUGUUCCACCAGCAUCAUAUCAUCACGGAUGGCUGGUCUGUCACUGUUCUGUCCAAUUUUUUAACAUCUUACUAUCAACUUUAUCUAAAUGGGGGAAACAGUGCGGAAAGGCUCUGCAAUUCUUUCAGCUCCUAUGCUUCACAUGAAGCGGGACCAGAUACCAUCGACCUUUUGGAGGAAUAUGCUCAAGAGCAUGGAAACUCGAAUCGAUCCUCGAUUCCUCAUGACAAGCAGGAUGUUACGUCUCAUACGAAAAUUGUGAAAAAUAUUCCCGAGAAGUUGAAAACGAAAAUAAGGGACCUCGCAAGACAGAACUCUACCACGAAUUCGAAUAUAAUGUUGGCUGCGUUCAUGAGAGUAGUGAGGACCCAUCAAGAUGAAGACGAAGUCCUCAUCGCCUACGCCAGUGCAGGGAGAAACGACAAAACUUCGAAUUUGAUAGGAUAUUGUAUGAACAACGUUCUGCUUGCAGCAAAAAUUGGUUUGAAUGAAAACUUUUUGGGAGUAAUCGAAAAAGUCCGACAAAGCAUGGAUUACUCAAGAAAAUAUGAAAUGGUGCCCUACAGCGAACUCGUCAACAAAUUGGCCGCAAGAACAGAUUCUGCAAAAAUUUCCAUUUAUUUUAAUUACCGUCACAAACUGGACUUCCCAAAGGCUUAUCUUUCCGGUGCCAAUAUCGCGAUCAACCAAAUUUCCGUUAAUUCUGCGUUCGAUUUUUCCUUCACUAUAGAUGAAACUCAAGACGGAUUACAAGUGUCAAUAGAGUUCAACAGCGGACUAUACUUUCAAGAGACAAUACAUAAUUUUGUUGAAGAUUUUUUGAAACUCCUGAGCAAAAAUCAUAUCGGGAAUACCGAAAUACGAGGUUUUGAAGCAGAUUUUCCAAACGCUGUCAUUGCAAAAGGUGUGCAACAAAAGUGGAGCCAAAACUGGAAGAAAUCGGCUUUGGACGGGAGCAAGAAGAUGAGUUUCGAAGAAUUCCAAGAACAAGUGGAAAAUUAUAGCGUCGCUCUGCAGCUUGAAAGUUUGAAACGUCGAGGAUCAUUUCUGAAAUCUGACGACAUUGUAGCUAUAUCGAUGGAGUCGGAGCGAGCAACGCUGCUGAUUGCCGCAUGCGCCAUGAUCGGCGUUCCGUACUCUCCUAUCGAUACAGACUGGCCUGAAGCCAAGAAACUGUUCGUAAGAAAUAUUUCUCAACUCGACGCUCCUCGAAAAGCAAGAUCACAGCUUACCAAGUCGUACUGUAUUUCUACCCCCACUGAUUUAGCCUAUGUGAUUUUCACGAGUGGAUCAACCGGAUCACCAAAGGGAGUCUGUAUUUCACGACAAUCAGCCGCUUGUUUUGUUUCCAGCGCCACGAAACAGUGUUUAUUCCGGCCUGGUUACGUUGUUCUAGAUUCUGUGAAACGGGUAUUCGAUGUCAGUGUGCUCAACGUUUUUGGUUGCAUGCUUAAUUGUUCUACUCUCUAUUGCUUUCCAAAAGGUGAGUUUGCGAUCGAUCACCUUCGUCACUGCAAUUUCGCCUUCAUUCCAUCUGCCGUGUUCAACUCAUCGAAUUCGGAAACUUUCGUGAAAUCGAAAAAUCUUGAAAUGAUUUGCGUCGGGGGAGAAACGGUUUCGAGCGAUAUAUUAGAUGAAGUGUCAAAAAGGAAGAAGGUCGUUCAAAUCUACGGACCAACAGAGACUUGCGUUUGGUCGACGACUAACUUAUGUGGUUCACAUCUUCGAGAAGGAGAUAUCAUUGGGAAGCCGAUGGAAAAUGAAGUGUGCACAGUCCUCGGCGGCGGAAAACGAGGUGAACUGGCAAUAAGUGGACCUAAAACAGCCAGAGGUUAUUUGAUGGCGGGAGCACGUGGGAAAAGUUUUUCGCAGUUUUACAAAACGGGAGAUAUUGUUAAAAUAACAGAUGGGAAUCUGAAAUACCUUGGAAGGACAGAUGAUCAACUGAAAAUCAGGGGGAAUCGAAUCGGAAAGAAAGAAAUUGAGAACGCCAUUUCGAAUCUGACAGGUACCAGCACAGUGACAAUAAUUGUGCACAGCAAUCGCUUGACCGCUUUUUAUGUUGCUAACAAACCUAUAGAAGAAUUGAAAAACAAGCUUCGCCACGCUUUGUCCCACUACGCUAUUCCAGACAACUUCAUCCAUCUUGAUGCGAUACCUCUCAACUCGAGCGGAAAAAUUGACAGGAGUAAAUUGUUACAGAUUCUGGAACAGAUGGAAAAAACACCAGGACGUGCUUUCAAAGAGGUCAUGAUAAACUCAGUUGAGCAGAAAGUUGUCGACUUAGCUUCUGCGUUGAUUGGAAGCCAGUUGAAGCUGGAAGACAACUUUUCAAACGCCGGAGGUCACUCCCUUCUGGCCAUUAAGUUUGGUCAUCAACUCUCUGAGCACUUCGGACUUGACAUCAAAGUUCAUGACGUCAUACAGCAGCCAACUCUAAAAGGAGUUGCGGGAAAAAUAUCUAGCUCUCUGAAAUCGGAGUUGACGACGACUGACACUUCCAUCAUCACAAAACUGAGAGAAGUAUUUUUUUGAUGCAAAAAUUUCCAUAAGUCUUUUCUUUCAGAGUCCCAACUCGAAAUUUAACGUGUACCUGACACACGCGAUCGGUGGGACAAUCUAUCCGUACUACAGUUUUCUACAAAUUUUCCCAAAAAACGUUUCGGUUUAUGGUAUCGAAUACCAAACUGACUAUCCAGCAAAAAAUGUCAAAGAACUCGCAGCAUUCUAUGCGAAAUCAGUCAGUUUUUUUUUCUUUUCUCAACUUUCAUAAUAAGAAAAGUUUUAGAUCGCCGCUCAUGCUGGCGCAAGUCGCGUUUUCCUUGCUGGUCAUUCGAUGGGAGGAAUUUUGAGCCGAGAAAUGGUGCCCGACCUGCAAAUGUGGGGGAUAUGAGGUAGAGAAGUAUUUAAAUAUUUUUUUCAUUUCGUUGAAUCUUACAGAUUCCGUUCGUGAUGAUGUUCGACUCCUGGGUUUUGCGUACCCACGAACUUGAUGUCGAGAAAAUACGGGAGUUCGUCACGGUGAGAAUUUUUUCUGCACAUGUUUCUUUGAACUUUUUUAUUGUGGCUUGACGUUGUAGUCGAUACUUCCCGGAUAGAAAGAUGAUGAAGGGAGAUUUGCAAAGGUGACGCGUUGCUUAUGCGACGCGGCUUUUGGCGGAAAUUCGAAAUCGCAUUUUCCUAUGUUUUCCUACUUUUCUUCGAUUUUUUUUUUGGUUGGGAAUAAUGAAAUCGAACAAUUAUCAUCAGAAUAAUUUGAAAAUCUAUACUUUUUACUUUAUUGCGCGAGACCUUGAGUUCUCCGGCUGUAAGCCGCGUCGCGUACGCAACGCUUCAGGCUUGCCAAUCUAUUUAUCUCGCUUUUCAAGUCGGUAAAAAACAACUAUAGUGAAGAGUAGUACAAAUGUCAAUAGAAAUAUUGAAGGAAGCGUCCGAAUCGAACAAAUAAUUUUUUUUGCAGCAUGUGUUUGCAAGCUUACCGGACAGCGAGAAAAGGGUCGAUCGAGCGGUUUGUGAUUACCUUUGCCUUUUUAGCCUCGCACUCUUGACUGCACUUCAAAUCUCUCGUACUAGCCUGCGCAAGACCACAACUUUUCGGCCUUUUUUGAAAAAAGAAGAAACAUUUCAAAUUGGGUUUUCAAAAAGGGAAAAAAUUGAAUUUUACACUCCAAUGACUGAAAUUUUGUGAGAAAAAUGGAAUAUUGCGCUCUGAAGUUUGAAUAAAAAUAGACAAUGAGUGAAAAAAAGUUUCUAAAAAAAUUUGUGUUGAAUUCAUGAAUGAUAUUGAAAACGAGUAGAUCAAACUCGCCGGUUUCCUACGCGAUUACUCGACCGCCAUUUCCGAUACAAAGCUCUACCUGUUCAAAAGCAAGUCUCUCGGAGAAGCGGCAUUCAAAAAAGCUGUCAGGUACUCCCAGAACUCGUAUUUCUUAAUGAAGAUCAAUUUAUUAGAAAUAAUCUGAGCGAAGGUGUUGGUCGCUCCAUGGCUUUCAAUGGAUUCGAUGCCGUUUCAACAAAACCGAUCGACGUGUUUCUGGUAUUAAAGUUUCUUUUUAAAAGGCGAUUUCGAUUUUCAGAUUGAUGGCGACCACGAAACCUGUCUCAAAGCAGAGAAUCUCAAAAAAGUUCAAGAAGAUAUUUUGGCUCCUUUCCAGCCGUGGCUUUGA